UCACAUCCGGUCAGCUGUCGCUUCCGGAUGCGGUGAAGCAGCGGAGAAGUAGGAAAACACCGCACAGAGACAUGGAUUUAAAUGACCAGACGACAUCCACAAAGUCCUAGGACACGGCAGCACGGCCCACCGCGGCUUCACGGAGACGGAGACACGCGUCGGAAACUGUGUAUCGACGGAGUUUGACGUCGGGUGUACUCGAAGGAGUAUUUUUUUUUACGGAGUAUCCGUGUUUAUGCUUUCUUGCUAGCUUAAGCCAGCGUAGCGUUAGCUGGUACGCGCAGACAAAUACCUUCUCUCUCCGGGCUAAUAUGACUUGUCGGCACCGGUAUUCACGAUUUAACACAGACUUGGACAGGAGGGAGCCGCACUGUGAGUGUUAAAUUUUGUCUGAAGGGUGUUUUAGAGUUUGUUUCGUGCUCUUUGAGGUCAAGGCUGCAGUGGAAAAACCUUCAGGCAACACAAGUAGGAAACGACACCGAGGAAAGUUGCAGUUCUCCGAAAAUAUUCAGGGACAAUUUAAGGGAACAACAGUUUGUACCUGAAGUCAAGUUUGAACUAUCAACAAGUGGACAAAAUGGAUGUAAUUUGGACUUCAGUCAGCACACGGAAAACCCAGCAGAUACACCGUAAAUAACACUUCCUUGUCAGCCGACAGGCUCCACUACUUUUUCCUUCUUCUGCUGACAAGGCACUUCACAAACAGUAUCCUGUGUUUGAUCUGGGCUCAAGUGGAGGAAGUCUUCUGAUUAUUUUAGUCCCAGCAAAGCCUCUUUUUAACUUUAACGUGGAGACGAAGCUCUUCAGAUCAACAGUGAAGGAUGAAUGGCCUCUCUCUCAGCGAGCUCUGCUGCCUGUUCUGCUGCCCACCCUGCCCCAGCCGCAUCGCAGCCAAGCUCGCCUUCCUGCCCCCUGAGCCCACGUACGCCUUUCUUCCAGACCCAGAUGCAGGCCCUGCUGCACAGGCAGCGACGGGGACAUCCAGCCUGCGGGCCCGGAGCGGUGCAUCGGUUGCCGGGGCUGUGGAGGGGAGAUGGAAGCUCCACCUGACGGAGCGAGCAGAGUUUCAGUACACGCAGAGAGAGCUGGACACGACAGAGGUGUUCCUCACUCGAUCCAGUAGAGGGAACAGAGUUGGCUGCAUGUACAUUCGCUGUGUUCCUAACGCAAGAUUUACAGUGCUUUUCUCUCACGGUAACGCCGUCGAUCUUGGCCAGAUGAGCAGUUUCUAUAUCGGACUUGGCACUCGCAUCAACUGUAACAUCUUCUCCUACGACUACUCAGGCUACGGCGUCAGCACUGGCAAGCCUACUGAGAAGAACCUCUACGCAGACAUAGAUGCUGCCUGGCACGCCCUGCGCACACGAUAUGGCAUUAGCCCAGAGAAUAUAAUCCUGUACGGACAGAGCAUUGGCACAGUACCCACCGUAGACCUGGCGUCACGGUAUGAGUGUGCUGCCGUGGUUCUUCACUCACCUCUAACAUCUGGCAUGAGAGUGGCCUUUCCAGACACAAAGAAAACAUACUGCUUCGACGCUUUCCCCAACAUUGAGAAAGUAUCCAAAAUCCCGUCCCCAGUGCUCAUCAUCCACGGGACGGAAGACGAAGUGAUCGACUUCUCCCAUGGCCUGGCUCUUUUCGAGCGCUGCCCCAAGGCUGUGGAGCCUCUGUGGGUGGAGGGAGCAGGACACAACGACAUUGAACUGUACAGUCAAUAUCUGGAGCGCCUGCGCCGCUUCAUAGGACAGGAGUUGGCUGCACAGCACGCCUAACCUUUCAGCACCAAGACCAUCAUGAUCGGACAUCAUCAUUACCAUUUUUCCUGGUCCAAGAGUCACCUAACCGUCCCUCAGCUCACCGCGGCUUCCAGACGGUAUUACACUUCACACACACUAUGGUGCUUCGUCUUCGAGGACACAGUAUGCCUUCACUGGACCGUGGAUUGAUGCGACAUGUAGAAAAGAAGUCUGUUCAGAAACAUCAGAAGUGCGUGAGUGAGAAGGACUUUUUCACAAACUGCAUUUAGACCAUUGUUGUUUUUUUUUAGCAGUUACUUAACAGUACAGCUGUCAUUUGUUAGCCACAAAUACAUUUCUUUACUGUGCAAAGAUAUGGACAGGAAAGGAGACUCGUGAACUGAAGAAUUAUGAGGAGGUUUAACAGAACAGCAAGUAGUCAUGCCGGUCAGUUAAGUUGUGUUUCACGGGGAGUAUUUUGUUGAAUUUUCCAGCUUACUCAGAGUUUGUGUGUAGCUUUAAUUUCUUCAGUUACCCCAAAUUAGACAGUGCAGCAAAGGGAAACACUCAAAAGACUCUCUUUGAAGUGCUUCUGACGUGUUAGGGAAUAUUUUCGUUUGCUAAUCACCUGUUGAAAAUAAUAGCAACAGGUUUGUAUUUUGAAUGCAAUCAAAUGCAAUCCAGCUCUACAGCGAAUCCUCUUUAGAGGGAAUAACUUCUUAUUUUGAUUUGAUUGGUUGUGUUGCAUUGGACUGCAUUAUAUUGAAAGGUGUUUCUAAUACAACCCACCUCCCUCCACCCCCACCUCAUGUAUGUACAUGACACACAUACAUGCAGAUGAAUUUGAGUUUUUGUGUGUUUCAUUUUGUUUUUUAGGGGUACUGAAUAUUUUGCUCAGGUAACCCUCUUUUAGUGAUUACUGUCAGUGUGUGUCCUUUGUGUCUGUUUUGUUUCAUCAGCUAAAUCUCCUCAGAUCCUUUAAGCAAAGGCUUCAGAAGCAGCCAGUGUGAGGGUCUUUUGUUUCAAGCAAGUAACGAACCAGAUUGUAAUCCUGAAACUUCGGUACAGACCAAAUCAUGAGCCUUUGCAGGUUUAAUAUUUUCUUUCCAUCAUUACUUCAACUUUCUCUGCACCGCGUCUGUAAAACCAGUCAUGUAGCGUGAGUAGCUGUGAUAAAGAUCCAAUAUGUAAGAAUUUUAGUUUACAACAUCCAAAAAUUAAGUAAAAUUAUCAACGAUAUGUGAAUAAAUAACAGUUUAGUCACCAUGUCAAGGAUGUCUGUGUAUUUUGGUGCAGAGAUAUCUGUCAAAGUUAGCAUUCUAAUCAACUAGCCUGAGUCCAACCUGUUUAAAAAUAUCCGAAAAGGUUGAAUAAUCACAUACCUAUUUUUUUCUUACUCAACUGACAAAUACAACCGUUAACCUUCUGACUUAUUUUCUCUCUUUCACAGACAAGCUUAGCUGCCUUGUUAAUAACAAUAAUAAACCUUAUUUAUAUAGUGCUUUUUCAAUGUGACUAAGUGCUUCACAAAAACAAUACAACAAUAAUAAUAAAUUUGAAUAAUAUGAAAUAGAAUCCAGACAGAGAUAAGAGCUUUAUUUUAAAAUACUGUUUCAAGAUUAAAGAAGGCGUUCAAGAGCCUCAAAUAGAAAAUACCUCCAGCUCCAGAGAGUCUGUUGGCUCUGUCUGUUUUGUUUUAGUCUUGUUCUUUUUUUAAGUCUCACACUAGGAGGUCACAGCUGUCAGUAGUUUUCCCUGUUUUUUUUUUUGUUUGUUUUUUUUUUAGCAUUCAUUUCUGACGACCAUUUUGCUUAUUUGCACUUCAAUCUUGAGGGGCAGAACUCUCAAAUAAAAAGUGGAAUUCAAACUUCACUUUGGAAUUAAAGUAUUUUAUAAUCAUUUCAGUGAUUGAUGAGUUCCACUCCAUGAGUCCUGAUGAAUAAAAAUCAUUCCCACCUCUAUACAGAUAAGCAUAGGAGCAGCUGUUUUACAACAGUAUAAUGAGCGCUAUGAUUCUUUGUCUUACAGCUUUAACAGUAAGGAGCUCCUCUGAGUGACACUAGACUAUUAGAAGGUGGACAGCGUCUCAGCACAUGUAUUCUCCAGCACGAUGAUGACAAUUUCACUAUAAUUCUGUGCUACUGGUAAAGACAGACAGAAAACAGCCCGAGUGUGUGAGUGAAGAAUAUCCAUUUUCUAGUCUCCUUCCUGUCUGGUUUACAGUCCAUAUGAGAACUGCCGAUAACAUUUGUGCAUCUAGGCAUACAGCUCCUGCGUAAUACUUAAAUAUUUUUACAUAUUUUAAGCAUAAUGUCUUGACAACACUAUUGUUCUACUUCACAGCAUUGAGUAUAAUAAUGGUACCUACAUUUUCUAGCUGCUGAUGUGACUUUUUGUACCACUUGAAGAGGCUCAAACAUUUUUCAUCCCUCUUUGAAUUUACCGUUAUGCUUUUAUGUGCUGAUAAUGUAGGGAAAUAUCACUAACCAAUAUAUACUAAAUUGUCCCAUCGUGCUGCAAAUGCUAUGUUCUUCUUGUCAUAAUAUUGUUAUAAGUAUACAAAAAGAGCUGAUGCAAGAUUACAUCAGCUGGCAGGAAGAUAAAUUGUGAUCCUUCCUUUUUACUGCCUAUUUCAGAUUCACCGCACUCAGUGGUGACAAAAAUCGCUUCUCUCCCUCACUCAAUAGGCUGUUUUACAACCAGACACGCGGUGCAGUCUGAAGCGUCUUAAAGGUGCAAAACUCAGCGAGCCACACGAGUGUUUUAUCUAACCAAGCUGAUUUAUCUGAACCUGAGACAUUGAGUGCUGCACCUUUAUUUUAAAUCUCCUAGUUGAACAGUGAGAUUACAACUGUUCUGUUUUAGUAGAGGAGUCGGGAUUUUCAGGUUUUCUUGUGUAUGUAUCAACCAAAGUGUAACUCUUUUUUUUUUUUUUUUUCCAGCUCUUUACCCCAUUGUACCUGCUUUUUAUGUUGGCACUUCUUAACCAAAGGUAAAAAAAAAAAAAAGUGUUCAUAUUUAAGUUUUUUUGUUAACUUUUAUUUAUCUACUUGAUUGGUCCGAUCUUUUUCCCCACUUUCAUACUUUUCAUAAUUUGGUCAGUAAUUAUGUUCCAUCAUAUCAUAUUUGGUAUCAAAUAUGCAGUAACACGAGUUUGAAAAGCAUAAAUUACCAAGUUGUGGGUGUUUUUUAUAUCUUCUAUUCAAGCUGUUAAAAUGUACUGUUUGUGGAGGAGUAUAACUAAGCAAUACAGCAAAGCUGUGAGUUUGUGUCUAGAGCAGGAGGAGAAGAAGUGUGUGGGAUGAUUAAAGAACAAUGACAGACGAGCUCCAAGUAGACAACUGAAAAAGCUUUUGUUUUGUCUGUUAUUCAAACGUUUGUUUCUCCGGUGUAACACAUCUGUGGCGAUCAUUUCUGUCAUCACAUGUUGUUAUCCACUGUUUAUUAUACUGACUGUUUUUUGUUUUGUUUUUGUUUUUUUGUAGUUUUUAAAGGGUUUUGUCUUUUUUUUUCCUCCAAGAAUUAAAGAGAAUAAGAAGUUAAUAAAACAUAAUCAGAAAUUGA